AUGCAAUCAUCGCCAACAUGCAUUCGGUACGCAACUUCCACAUUGCUCUAUUCAUGUCAAGCAAUCGAGGCCUCGAAUCAAGACGCCGAAAACGAUCUAGAAGAUCUGAAAUCAGUCUAUGCCACCCAGCUCGCAAUCUGUGAGCUCUCUGAUGCGGGCUCAUCAGUACCCCAGUCAUGCAAAGGGCUAGCAGUGACGCCAGGCAUGAAGUCGACCGAGCACCUCAAAUGGAUACGCAAGUCCAAGAUCAGCGAAUGUUUGAAGGCUUUAGAGUCAAGGCCGCAGUCAUGGACUAGCUAUAGUAACAGCAAACAGAAUGCAGUGACGCUUUGUCGAGCAACACGCAUUGACAUUGAAAAGGACGAUACGAUCAAGCUUCACCAAGAAAUGGUAAAGACGCAAUCGAAUGCUAAUCAAGCUCUGCAAGAAGCAGCGCAGGUUGUUCAACAAGGCUUACAAAAGCUUCAAAGCGAUUUCGACAGUGCAAGGGAGGCCUUCAACAACCAAUUGUUGCGUGAAAUAAAAGAAUCUACGGCUCAAACUCAGACUUUGAUCGCAACGAUGACCACUAGCUUCAGUUCUGCCCUCGACAGCUCGCUCCGUAAAGUACGAUCAUACUCAGGUACUCUGGAGUCACAUUUAGCCGCCUUGACCAAGAAUAUCAAAAGCGCUAGCUCAUCAACUACUAAUCUUGAGCACAAUGUUGGCAAAGUCUUCCAGAAAGUUGUCGAAGGAAGCUCCGAGCUUGCCCACGUGCAGACAAAGCAGUGGGAAACUAGCCGAAGAGUUGCGACAGAAUUGCAAGCUUCCCUGAAGGGCAUGCAGCAGGGAGACCUGGCUUCUUUGAUCCGUUCGCUUAACGAUAUGGGAGUCCGACUAGAUGCAUCGAAUGAGCUCAUCAGCCGGAUAUACGAGCGACAGAACAAUUUCGAGCAGCGGAUGGACAACCUGGGUCACUCCUUCUCAAGACUUGAGUCGAAGGCUGAGGCAAUUGGGGUUGCACAGCAGCGUCAAGGUGAGACUCAAGAGAAGCUCUCACAGCAGAUGGAGGUCGACAUGCAAGUGGCCCAGGGCUUUCUUACGGACGUCGCCUCAAGUGCGAUGCACCUGCAAGCAACUGUCUCGGAGACCUCAUCCAAGAUCCAGUCUAUGGCUGCUUUCGCGAAGGUCUUCAGUACCAUUCUCAAUUGGACCUACUUCUUCGGUUGUGUCGUGCUCUUGUCGAUUAUCGUAACAGCAGUGGCCAUCGGAUGGCAGUACAAUUCGAGACUGACUUUCUAUCUCUUAAUAUUACUUGGUGAGAUGAAACACAUAACAUUCAACUGCUUGUCUGACAUGCUCUAG